AUGUCCAGCUCAAAAGUCCACGUCGCCGUCACUCAGGCCGAGCCAGUUUGGCUGGACCUCCAAGGCGCCGUCGCUAAGACAUGCAUGCUCAUCAAAGAGGCUGCAGGAAACAAGGCACAACUCAUAGCAUUCCCAGAAUGCUUCAUACCAGGCUACCCCGCUUGGAUAUGGAACCGCCCCGUUGACUUCGACAUUAAUGUCAAGUACAUCAAGAAUUCGCUGCGGGUCGCCUCGCCCGAGAUGGACACCAUCAAGGCGUGCGCCCGUGAGAACGGCAUAGCCGUCUCGCUGGGCUUCUCCGAGAACGACGACGAUUCGCUGUACAUCUCCCAGGCCCUCAUCGGCGCCGACGGCGAGGUCAAGGUCCACCGCCGCAAGAUGAAGCCCACCCACAUGGAGCGCACCAUCUUCGGGGACGCCUCCGGGGGCGACGGCACCUGCCUGGCCUCGGUGGCCCAGCUGCCCUUCGCCCGCGUCGGCCAGCUGUCGUGCUGGGAGCACAUCCAGCCGCUGCUCAAGUUUAAUACCAUUUCUCAGAGGGAGCAGAUCCAUGUCGCAGCCUGGCCGAGCUUGACACCACAUUCUGGGAACGGGCCGGACUUGUGGUCUAUGUCUGCUGAGGCUAGGACCUAUGCUAUCGAGGCUACUGCGUUCGUCCUGCACUCCACAGCUGUUCUGACGGAGAAGGCAGUCGAGGCGAAUGGCACUGCGGGCUCGCCCCUCAUGGGCGCGCCCGGUGGUGGCACCUCUGCAGUCUUUGGUCCGGACGGGAGAAGGCUCACUGAGUCCCUGGGUGAUAAAGAAGAAGGCAUUAUCUAUGCCGAUCUGGACUUGGAUGAGAUCACGAGGAUAAAAAUCGUGGAUAGCAACGCUAAGAGCUUGGUCAGGGGAGCGGAAGUGCUGGCUAUCAGGGACGAGACUGUACCUGUUGAGAAGCAAGACUAA